AUGGAUAUAUCGACCGUCGACUCGGACUCGGAAGAUGAAUGUACUCAUCCAUCUGUCAGCAUAUCUAUGGAAUAUGUAGAGAAAGAUGAAACUUUCAAUGUUUAUAUAAGACGGAUAUCAAACUGUCCCUAUUUGAUAUCAUAUCGCAAGAAAUUCUCCAGAGCUGUUCUUUAUGUUGUUUGUGGAAUCCAGAGAUCCACCUGGACAGGAAGAGUUCGGCAUAUAACAUCAGAAGAAAUACAGUUAAACCAUUCAACAACGAUAUUCAGAACUUUGGCAGUAGAGAGAGAACUCACAACCAUAUUCAAUGAGUUCUUCAGCUGUCAGAUAACUAAAGAUCUUCUUCGGCAGACUCUGCUACGAGUUCAAUUCUGUGAUGUUAACGCUUCGGAUGAAGAGAUUGUUAUAGCCGAAUGUGACUAUUGGGUUAAUAAUCGUCCUAUUCCUACUUUUCACGACUUCAUACUCCCUCUCACAAUGGCUUCCCCGGAUUUGGGUGAAAUUGAGCUCACUUUAACAUAUCUUCCAACUGCACAACGGCUUAACAUAGAACGCAUCAAGUUAACGAACUUGAAAACAAACGAUGAAGUUUAUGUCAAAGCCUUCCUAUAUGAGAAUCAGAUAGUUCGUGAGAUACAUGAAUCAGAAAAGAAACACAUGAUUGAUAAUCAAAAAGGGACUACUUUCAAACGAUUUUUUUUCAAUUUGCCUCAUAAUAACAAAUGGACUUCUGUAUUAGUUAUACAAGCUUUGCAUGAACAUUCAAUAAUUGGCCAAUUCGGUUUGUCUGAUUCAACCAGCAGUUGUGAUCAUACAGUCUGGAAGAAGAUAAUGGCCUAUCCUACUAAACGAUUUACUGAAGCUUUCCGUUUAAGACCAGCCGCAUAG